AUGAAUGAAGAUCCCAUCUCCGAUGCGACAGUCCUGGUAACCGCAGGCGGUAUGGCUCAAGCAAAUCCGGUGACAACAACAGGGAAAACAGCUUCCAGACCAGCAGGCAUUGGUGGCAUCAAACCAUAUGCUGUUAGAUAUCAAACAGAUGAUCAUGAUGAUGAUGACAUGGUUACAAAGAGCAAGGAAACAAGGAACGGAGAAGCGCAAGAUGCCAGUUGUUGCAUUAUUGACCACACCGAACCGUAUGCCGUUAGAUAUGGUGAAGAUGAUGACUUUCCAACGGAGAGAAACACAUCCGAGAGUGCACAAACACAAGAUGCCAGCUCUACCAAUGUCAACAUCGAACCGUAUUCUGUCAGAUAUGGUGAAGAUGGUGACUUUCCAACGGAGAGAAACACAUCCGAGAGUGCACAAACGCAAGAUGCCAGCUCUACCAAUGUCAACAUUGAACCGUAUGCUGUCAGAUAUGGUGAAGAUGAUGGUGUUCCAACGGAGAGAAACACAACCGAGAGUGAACACAAGCAAGAUGUCAGCUCUGCCAAUGUCAGCAUUGCACCGUAUGCUGUUAGAUGUGGGGAAGAUUAUGGUGUUCCAACGGAGAGAAACACAACCGAGAGUGAACACAAGCAAGAUGUCAGCUCUGCCAAUGGCAACAUUGAACCGUAUGCUGUUAGAUGUGGGGAAGAGGACGACGUUCCAACAGAGAGAAACACAACCGAGAGUGCACAAACACAAGAUGCCAGUUUUGCCAAUGUCAACAUCGAACCGUAUGCUGUUAGAUAUGGGGAAGAUGAUGUCGUGCCAGCGGAAAGAAACACAACCGAGAGUGCAUCGAGUGUGCGUGACGAUAGAAAUCAGGCACCGAUGCCAAACGGUCCCCAACAGGACAUUUGUGAAGACCGGUACCAGCAUAACUCGACAGCCAAUGGCUCCUUGGGGGAAGCAACACCUACCCUGUCGUCUAGCCCAAGAACCUCUCAGGCCCCUAAUGGUGAAGAUGAGAAACCAGAGAAGAUCGUCUUUGGAGGGUUGGGAACAGAACCAGGGAAGUUUCAACAAGCCUGCAGAGUGGCAGUGUCUGACGACAACGAGAUCUUCGUGCCUGAUUUCUACAACAGACGAAUCCAAGUCCACAACAUGAGUGGGGUCUACCUCCGCCUCUUCCCAACCGUCGUCCCGGGUAAAAAGGUGAAAAUGCAACCCAACGGUGUCGCCAUUGAUGGAGAGGGGCAUUUGUGGGUUGCGGGGGUAAGGGAGGAGGAGGUACAUGUGGUGCAGUACAGACGCCAUGGACAGCCUUUGUCCAAAUUUGACGUCACGGGUGUCUUAGUGUAUCCUGAAAUUGCAGUGGACGUGGACAACCACAAAAUCAUCGUGACCAACAAGAAUGAAAUAUUGGUGUUCCAACCUAACGGAUCGUUACAUCUGAGAUUCAGGGAGACACAGCGGUCCCUCAUAUCAAGCGUAACGACAGAUAGCAAGGGAAACAUCCUUGUCACGGUCAUCCCGAACAGUAUCCAGGUCUAUAAUCGCCACGGGGUGAGGUUAUUCACAGCUGGAACAUGCCGACGAGGACAGUUCCCCUGUCAUUCCCGAGGAAUCUGCUUGGAUACUUUGGGGCGCAUCGUUGUGGCGAACGGACUACCGGGGCGAGUUGACAUGUAUACAAGCCGCGGGAAAUUUGUCCGCACCCUGGUCAACAUAGAAGACCCAUGGGGCAUUGCUAUUGGACGUGACGGACAGUUGUUGGUGACCAGUAAACAGGAAGGCACUGUGACCAUCUUUCCACGCCAAGUGGUAUAUAACACAGGCAACUAA